AUGAGUAGUAAUCAAUUGUCUAUAAUGAAUCAAUUAAAUUCUAUAAAUUUAUAUCAAUCCAAUAAAGAAUAUCAAAUGCCAAUGAUUUCUACAUUAAAUGAUUUCAUUGAAACUAUAAGAAUAAUAUUUAAUAAAGAUCAGAUUGAUAUCAAUGAAGUAUAUACAAUUUUAAAGAAUUUUCAAUGUGAUUUCUCAGAAUGGAACAAAUAUAUAUUUUAUAAUAAAACAAAAUACACACGUAAUUUGAUAGAUGAAGGUAAUGGAAAGUACAAUCUAUUAUUAUUAUGCUGGAGUGAAGAUCAAGGAACAGGAGUACAUGAUCAUGCUGGAGCUGAUUGUUUUGUCAAAAUUAUAAAAGGUCAAAUAAAAGAAACUAUUUACGAAUGGCCAAAACAUUUCAAUCCAAAAAAUUCAUAUAACUCUACUAAUAAAACUGAUUCUCCAUUAGUUGUGAAAUCAGUAACUGUAAUGAAUCCUGGUGAAGUCACUUACAUGCAUGAUAAAAUUGGAAUACAUCGUUUACAGAAUUCUAGUAAAACAGAGACUGCUAUUACAUUACACUUAUAUUGUCCACCAUAUACAGAAUCGAUGAAUUUUGAAGAGUCUACUUCGAAAACAAGUAAAGUGAAUGUGAUAUUUCAUAGUAAAUUUGGUAAACAAAUUGUGUAAUAAAUAAAUGAAGAAUUAAGUAAUUCAACUUACCGGGAUAUGGUCAUUUUAAACUGUGUUAAUACAAUUAGAAAUGACAUGUAUGAAUAGAUUAAUUUCAAUAUUGCA